CCUUUGAAACAAAAUGACAAUGUAUGCAAAUAACAAGAAAAUACAUGUGCAAGCUUGUUGGUAUACUUCUGCAUUGUUAAACCAAUUACUCGAAACUCCAUGGUUCUCGAAACUAGUUCCCUACAUUAGCAAAAAUCCAAACCAACAAGUUUAACAGGGUUGCUACAGUACAUUGAACGCAUUAAAUUAGAAAAAUAUUGUAGAUGGCUAGCUAUACAUUAAUGAAAAUGAGUUCAAUCACUUAAUUGCUGGUUCCACUAGGCUAUGUGAACUGGUCUACGCUUUGUAAAUUCCAAUUGAGAGGAAUGUGUUCAUGGCUGGUGCAGUUCAUCCAUUGCAAUAGAAUCAUGAAGUUUUACGUUCGGCUUACUAUCGUGUAGCUAUGAAGCUUAUAGCCAGCGAUGUUUUGUGUCUAUCCUGGACAAAUCCUAAUACAUUAGCUUGUGCGGGGCUAGAACCGAACACUACGUGACGAUCUGCGUGUCUAACCACUAAGCUAUUUAACAAUGGGUAUUCACUCACUCAGUAUUACAGACAUUCGCUGUUUUUGGCUGGUGUUGUGCGGAAAACAACCACCGCCACCUUCGCGUGAACGCACUCUCUCUCGAUUCUCAUUGCUGCGAUUAGUUUGCUUGUUGAGAGGACAGUUUAGCCUAUAUAUUUCACUGAUCUUCGUAGCAAAAACAUUUAAUUUAAUUCGAUGACCACGAUAGGCUGCGUUUCAUUAGAUUUCUUAAGGCAGGUUGAUCGCGUCGGAAUUUUCCGUUCGCUAUUUGUUUCAAGAUUAUUACUAUAAACAAAUCGUUGGCAAAAUCGGUCAUGUCUCGCAUUUUUUAUUCGACUAGUGUUCUCUAAAGUGUAAGGAUAAUAAUGCAGACAUUGCCCUGGAAUGUUUACUUCAUUGUAUAACAUUUUCGGCAGGGUGGAUGUUUUCGUCACAACACCUGUUCCGGCGCAAAUGACGGGCAAUGUUCUGAGCAAUAUAGGUGCUCUGACCUAGUGCCUGCAUUGUAGCAGGUGUUUCCUUAUUUUUUGCUUGACUUCCACCUUAGCACAGAUAACUGACUUUGUCGCAGAGAUAGGCACACAGUAGGCUACUGACGAUCGGGUACUUUCUUAACUUUUUGUGAACAAAGGUUAUUGUAAAUUACCCUUAGGUUAUAAUUUAUAAUGGGAAAAAUAUAAAGACAUUCGUUGACUUGUGUAGCUUAACCUUGUCUCGCCAAUCCACUGAAGACGAUAAGAACUAAAGCUGGCGAUAAAGGAUUGUAGAAUUUGACAGAAACUGGAGAAUUUCUAAAUUUCCACACGCAACUUUAUUUCUCUUAUGGAUUUGCUGCGUUCUGGGACGAGGUUCAUCCCGAAAACGCUGAAUGAUGACGGUGACAAUGCUGUCACAUACUUGCCGGCUGCAGACACCACAGAGCUGGAGAAGCAGAGAGGGUACAAGCCACUUUAUGUUGGGCUUGGCCUUGUGGGAUUGGCGGCAGUACUCACGCUCACAACAGGACUACUAGUUUGGCAUUUUCACUUGCGUAGAGAAGAGAUGAUUUUAAAGAAAAUGUACUUUGGCUCAAUGAGCAUCACCAACCAAAGGUUUAUAGAUUCCUACAACAACCCAAACAGCCAGGAGUUUCAACAACUGGGCGUGCAGGUGUCCCAACAGCUGAAGUUAAUGUACUCUAAAAUGAAAUUUCUGGAGGAAUAUUUUGUAGGAUCCACAGUGCAAGCCUUCAGUGAAGGCAAUGGGGGAGGUGAGGACUACGUAGUGGCCUACUACCUUUCUGAGUUUGACGUACCGAUUGGCCGGGGGUCCGAAGUGGAUGCAGCUAUUGCCGCCAUGGAUCCGAUGGAGGGAAGUCAACAGGGGAGAAUAGGCCGCAUGUCUAAGGGCCACGGGUCGACCAGCUCCCUUCUCAUCAGCAAUGUCAUGUCUGGCGCUCUGGAUGAACGUAUGACGAAGGCAAAUAACGCCUCCAAAACCUAUACGUAUCACAUUGGCAAGCUUCCCACAGGCACAAUAGAGUCCCCUGGCUUUCCCAAUUCUCCAUACCCUUCGGACACUUACAUUCAGUGGAGACUGCAUGCUGAGCGAGGCCACAGGGUUCAACUGAUGUUUGACUAUUUCGACCUGGAGGAUGACUGUCAGAAGGACUUCAUCAGGGUGUAUGACUCCCUGGUGCCGCUGGAGCAACAGGUCAUGACAGAGAAAUGUGGAUAUUAUAAACGCAAUGAACCCCUAUCGGUCGUUUCCUCUGGAAAUGUCAUGCUGUUGACGCUGGUGACCAAUAAGGAGAAGAACUACCCUGGCUUCAGAGCCACUUACUCUCAGGUUCCCCUCCAGAGCCAAGAUUGUGGCGGUAAACUGACAGGACUUAAAGGCACCUUCACAUCUCCCAACUUUCCAUCUCAUUACCCACCUCAGACCACCUGUGUCUGGGACAUUGAGGUGCAAAAUGGCAUGUCUAUCAGGGUGAGGUUCAACAAGAUGUUCAUAUCUGAGCCUGUAAAGAGCAACAACAAGUGUCCUAAAGACCAUGUAGAGGUCAACAAUGAAAAGAUAUGUGGAUAUAAGCCCUACAUCACAGUGGUCACAGUCAGAGACAACAGGACAACGGUGACGUUUAAGUCAGACAUGUCCUAUGUGGAUACAGGUUUCACAGCUGACUUUGAAGCCUUUGUGCCAACUAAUCCUUGCCCAGGGAAGUUUGCAUGUGCAAAUAAUCUUUGCAUAAACAAUCCUCUUACAUGUGAUGGCUGGGAUGACUGUGGUGACAACAGUGAUGAAAGAAACUGUAAAUGUGGCUCCGAUCAAAUCCAGUGCAGAAAUGGUCUAUGCAAAUCCAAGUUCUGGCUGUGUGAUAAAGUCAAUGAUUGUGGGGACAACACAGAUGAGGGGAACUGCGGUAGUUGUCAAUCAGGAGAUUUUUCCUGCCGGAAUGGAGGCUGUAUCUCAGAAAAUCUGAAAUGUGACGGCCGCCCUGACUGUCCUGAUGGCUCUGAUGAAUCAAAGUGUUCAAGAUCUGUAGUCAUGCAGUGCUCCGAGUAUACCUACCAGUGUAAGAACAACCAGUGCAUCAGCAAGCUGAACCCCGAGUGUGAUGAAGAUGUGGACUGUGAGGACGGCUCUGACGAGGCGGACUGUCAGUGUGGUAAAAGGCCUUACAGACACUCCCGUAUUGUGGGGGGGCAGGAUUCCAGCGAGGGGGAGUGGCCAUGGCAGGUUAGUCUUCAUGUCCAGGGGUCCCAUGUGUGUGGAGCCUCUAUUAUCAGUGACCGCUGGCUGGUUACUGCUGCCCACUGUGUCCAGGAUAAUGUCGAAGUCAAGUAUUCCCAGCCUCAACAAUGGGAGGCUUACCUCGGGCUUCUCGUUCAGAGCCAGUCUAACAAGUGGACAGUGAAGAAGAACCUGAAACAGAUCAUCCAGCACCCUGGGUACAACAAGGACUCCUAUGACAAUGACAUAGCGCUGAUGGAGCUUGACAGUCCCGUCGAACUCAGUCAGAACAUCUGGCCUGUCUGUCUGCCCUCUGCCACGCAUGACUUCCCUCCGGGCAAGUCGGUGUGGAUUACAGGCUGGGGCGACACCAUGGAGCUGGGCUUCGCCGCGUCGAUCCUGCAGAAGGCGGAGGUGCGCAUCAUUAAUUCCACAGUGUGUGAAACCCUAAUGGAAGGACAGACCACACCCAACAUGAUGUGUGCCGGUGUCCUGGAAGGAGGGGUCGACGCCUGUCAGGGUGAUUCGGGAGGCCCGCUGUCCUUCAUCGAGACCAGUGGGAAUGUCUUCCUGGCUGGAGUGGUGAGCUGGGGGGAUGGCUGCGCUCGCAGGAACAAGCCCGGUGUCUACACUCGCGUCACCAAAUACAGGGACUGGAUAAAGCGGAGUACUGGAGUGUAGCACACAGGGACCAAGGGGUACCUGAGCAGACCGGCUAGAUUCACAUAGAAGGGCCAUAGAUAGAGCUGAUGUGAUUCCUUAUUCAGGGAGGAAUGUUUCUACCUAUCCUAUUUAUAUCUGAACAUUCACAUAUGUUGUGUCCUGCUGCACUGUAGCCAAGUAGGAUAUUUGGCUGUAGCACAGAUGACAAGCAUGAGAAACGCUCUGCCCUUCAAGAGGUUCUUCACGUCUAUGUUUUUAAAUCUCCAUGUCUUCAAUUGGUACUGUGCAUACAACCUUUUCAUGACUUCACCGAUAUACCCGUGGUUUGGCUCUGUCAGAAUGUCCUCCGUCAACAAAUGGCCAUAGGUUAAAGGACAACUAGUGCACUUCUUUGUGCCUGGUCUUGUGACUCACUUAUCUUUACAUAUCGUUGCUGAGUGAUAUCCGUUAAAGUGGCGAUGAUAACGGCUGAAAAAAGAUGACUCAGGUACAACUGCUUUUGUUGCUUCAAAUACCCAUGUUUUGUAAUACAAUUGCCAGUAGGUGAAAGAGCAGAAGUAACUUGUUGAAACAAGAACUAGUGAGAUGAAAUGUCAUUGAGAAGUCAUUGUAGUUUAGGCUUGGUUAACAAAGUAAAAUUAUCUUGCUAACUUCCCGUUACAGUCUACGAGCAUCUGCCCAGAAUAUAUUAAUUGUAAUUAGAUCUGUGUUUAAUUAGGACAGUUUUGUAAAUUUUUUAUGUACAAUGAUUUUUUUAGAUGUUUUCAUUGCCUUCAUUGUUUUUUUUUUAUAAUUGCACUUAGUAAAACGAACAGCUUGUGGACUUGAAAUGUUAAAGGAUUCAUUGACCCAUUGAUAACACAUUGAUUUAAUCAACGUUAAACCUCUAUGAAUUAGGUUUGACAGGAAUCCAUGCUUUGGUUUAAUUUACAUGGCACUGUUUGUACAUAAUAGCAUUUUAGCAUUUGUGUGCACAAAUUGAUUUUUUAUUAUGGAAAACGUUUGUAUAACCUUGCAUGUGGUUGUAACCAACGUUACAACCACAUGUAACCACAUAACCUUGUGUCUAAAAAAAGCUGGAUAUAAACGUUUUUUUGGCACAGUUGAUGGCACUCAGGGUUACGGGCCUAAAGGGUGAGUGAUUGCUGACCACCACUUUCCUGCCUGUCUUAGAUUUUAUGAACUGGCUGCAGACACUGAUCAAAAUGUUUUUGCAGCGGUGUAGGUAAGCAAUAAGGCCUGAGGGGUGCGGUAUAUGGCCAAUAUACUUCAAUACAAAAACUUUUCUAAGGCUCAUUGCAUUGCAAAGUGCACUGAUAUAAGGUCAAUUAGGACCUUAAAGGUGAUGGUAUAUCAAAAUUAAGUAGUAAGGUGUGGUAGAUGACCAACUCUAAAUUUGGUCAUAUAAAGUGUUUAGAAAAACCUUUAGGAGGUGCCAUAUUGCUACAAAGUUUUCCACACCCCAAUCAUAUGAGCAAAUCUCUAUGGAAAGUACAUCAAGGGCUUGAGACAUGUUGGUUUUUCAUGGCCCUGAAUUGUCCUGAAGAGAAAUUUUAAACAUCCCAGUAGGAAUGUCAGUCGUCCCAAAUAAAAACCUUAUUUUCAAUACUUGUUGAUAUGCCAAAUAUAAUGUCAGAUAAUUUACAUUAACAACUAAAGGCUGUCUACAUACUCAACACACAUUGUUCAAAUCAAAUGGUCAGAGAGAAAGGCGAGGGCCUGUCAAGCAUCACACACAUCAUUCGGUUCACAAUUUAACCAUAAAAGUAGAAUGUUUUAUGUUAUUUUCUGUGGCAUAAAAUGUUUAUAAUUUGCCACGCCAAAAACUGGCGAUAGAAACAAAUGAAUUAUUUUAAGAACCUUUCUUUAACAUUAUUUGACCGUACAUCAAGGCUCAGUCCUAGCCAGAACCCUAAUCCACCCCACUGCAAAGAUUAAGUAAGACAGUCCCCUCUACCAGGCACAUUUUGAACUGUGCCUUACAUUUGCACGACUGCCCGAAUCAUAAUUGUUCUUAGAAUUUGUUUUAUAUAUUUAUUUAAAGAAAAUGUUUUGUUUGUUUUGUGGUGUCUGGAUUUUGUAUUUUGAUGUCUAUUUUGUUUCUGUCUUUUUGUUUGCUUUCUUAUAUAUGGAAUUUGUGUAGAUAUAUUAUUACUAUAAUAAAUAUGACUAUUGUUUCUGGUUUA